UUCUUAAAAUAGCAAUAUAUGAGAAGGAGUCGCUACCCAAACCCUAAGCCAUAAGUUUUACUGUAUUUUAGUUCUCCGCCCCAUUCUCGUAUAAACUCUAUUUCUCGGACAAUUUUCUCUCCAAUCUCACUCUAUUUCUCUUAAUCGACAAUUCUCUCUCCAAUCUCACCUUCGCUUAGGUUUUUUCACUUCAGUUUUGUUUGUGAGGUUCCUUUUUCUCUCUUUCAUUUAGUAUCCUGCCACUGAAAUGACUGACAAAGUAAGAAACAGAAAUUUGUCACUGGAUUUGGGUCCUCCUACAAUGCCAUCACAAGGGGAUGAUGGCGCUUCUGAACUUCAACAACUUCCCAUCAUUCAUAUCGAGGAAAAUGAAGACGAAGUGAUUGAAUCUUCAGUUACAUCUAUUGAUCAGACUAUGAUCACGAAGCUCCUAGCAAGUAAUGUUUUAGAUGAUAAAGAUCUUUCUCACAUAUUAUGGUGGAAUGAGAAGUUGCAGAUGUGCAAAAAGCCCUCAACAGUGCAUCUAAUUGAAAGGCUUGACUAUUCAAAUUUGCUUGGCAUGGAUUGUAACUUGAAAAAUGGAAGCUUGAAGGAAGGAAUACUUUACUCGGAAAUGUUGCAGUUCAAGUCAAAAUUCCCGCGCCAAAUUUUACUCUGCAGAGUUGGGGACUUCUAUGAAGCUGUUGGAAUAGAUGCUUGUAUUCUUGUUGAAUAUGCGGCUUUAAAUCCCUUUGGCGGUCUGCGAACAGAUAGCAUCCCCAGAGCUGGUUUCCCUGUUGUGAAUCUUCGACAAACUUUGGAUGAUCUUACACAUAAUGGUUAUUCUGUGGUGAGUGCAGCAAUUCAAUGGUGCAUUGUGGAGGAGGUUCAGGGCCCAGCUCAAGCUCAAUCCACGAAACGCCGUUUUGUAUCUGGGCAUGCUCAUCCGGGAAAUCCCUAUGUAUAUGGACUUGUUGGGGUUGAUCACGAUCUUGACUUUCCCGAACCUAUGCCUGUUGUAGGCAUUUCUCAUUCGUCAAGGGGAUAUUGCAUUAAUAUGGUCCUAGAGAUCAUGAAGACAUAUUCUUCAGAAGACUGCUUGACAGAAUAUGCAGUUGUUACUAAGCUUCGAACUUGUCGUUACCAUCACUUAUUUCUGCAUACAUCUUUGAGCAGGAAUUCUCAUGGAACAUCUAUUCGGGGAAAAUUUGGUGAAGGGGGCCUCUUGCUGGGAGAAUGUAGAUCCAGACAUUUUGAAUGGUUUGAUGGAAACCCUAUUUCUGAUCUUUUUGUCAAGGUAAAAGAGCUUUAUGGUCUUGAUCACGAUGUUAUGUUUCGGAACGUAACGGUGUCUUCGGGAAAUAGGGCUCAACCUUUAACUCUUGGAACAUGUACUCAAAUUGGUGUCAUUCCUACAGAUGGAAUUCCAUCUUUGUUGGAGGUCUUACUUCUACCGCAUUGCACUGGAUUACCAAUACUGUAUGUUAGGGAUCUUCUUUUGAACCCUCCUUCCUAUGAGAUUGCAUCCAAAAUUCAAGCAACAUGUAAACUUCUGAGCAGUGUAACAUGCUCAAUUCCAGAAUUUACAUGUGUCUCUUCAGCUAAGAUUGUAAAGCUACUUGAAUGGAAGGAGGCCAAUCAUAUUGAACUUUGUAGAAUAAAGAAUGUCGUUGAUGAAAUUUUGCACAUGAACAGAACCCCUGAGCUCAAAAAAAUAGUGGAGCAUUUAAUUGGCCCCACAUGGGUGGCAACUGGGUUAGAAAUUGACUUCAAAACCUUGGUUGCUGGAUGUGAAAUCGCAUCAGGUAAGAUAGACAAAAUAAUAUCUCUAGAUUGUAACGAAGAUCAGAAAGUCAGCUCCUUCAAAGCUAUUCCCGGUGAAUUUUUUGAGGAUAUGGAGUCUGAAUGGAAAGGUCGAGUAAAAGCAAUCCACAUAAAUGACGUACUUACUUCUGUGGACGAAGCAGCCAAGGCCUUGCAUUUAGCAGUUACUGAAGUUUUCGCUGCUGUAGUUUUUGGACUAAAAGCUUUCGUACGGUAUCAUAAUGUAGAAAUAUUUUAUUGUCGAGAGCAGAAGGCAGUGUGGUUCAAGAUUCCAUUUCAUUGGUUUUUAACGACACUAAGCAUUGGUAGCCCCGGAGAGGAACACAUUGAACUGCUUAAGUAUGCUGUAGAUUCUAAAGGUAGAAAGGUAGGUGAUGAAUUGUUUACCACUGGGAUGGUGGAGGAUGCGUUAUCAAGGUACCAUGAAGCAAAUGCCAAGGCAAAAGCUAGAGUUUUAGAACUUCUAAGAGGACUUUCUGCUGAAUUGCAAUCCCAUAUAAACAUCAUUGUCUUUUCUUCCACAUUAGUUGUGAUUACCAAAGCUUUAUAUGCUCAUGUGAGGGAGAAAGAGGAAAUGGGUUUUUCCUACAAUAGUAGAAUCCCAGGGGCUUGAGGUAAUGUAUAACAACUUGAUGUUUUAUGGGAAAAUUGCGUCAAAUAUUCUGUUACAGGUGUACUAUUUUGAUGCUUACAUCAAAUAUUCUGUUCUAUCUUGUACAAACCAUUUUGCUUUUGCACGACAGAAUGCUCCUCUGUUAGUAUAUCUAGAAAUUUAUAACGCUACUCCUGAAUUGCUGCAGUGAACAAAAAAGGAGAUAGAGAUCACCUUGUUGGAGAUGAUGUCAAGGGAUAACUCUCCUAAAAACCUACGGAAUUAGGUUGUUAGGCCCAGGAAUGAACGUAAACCUUUUCACUGAUGGAUGGACUUUGUUAAUGAAAUCCUAAUCAAUCAUUAGAUUUUUCUAGAUCCCUUUAUUUUAUUUUAUUUUGACUUGUUUGAAAUGGAUGCAUUGGUGAAAUCACGAUUCAGGAUUGAAACAAGUUCAUUAUACAACAUUAGUGUCUGAUUUCAGAGAGAAAAUAAGAGGACGUGAUAGAAUAUGAGAGAAAGUACUGAGACAUGAUAAUGGCCUCGCAAAAAUUGAUAUUUUAGCUGACUCUGAUUCUUGUUUCACAUUUAAAGUUGUUAGAGCUAGUUAGAAAUGCGGUCUUUGUUGGCUUAACAAGCUGUAACCAAAUUGUAACUGACAAGUAUUUAGUAACUAUAACAGAAUUGUAAUAGUUACAACACGUGCAAUCAAUGUGUGAAGCACUUGUCUACCAUUAUGUAUUCCACCUUUGAGGAAGCAUCGUUUUAUAUUACUAGUUAUCAUUGUAAGCAUUCUCAGAAGUCCCCUUAUAUUUGGUUUUGGCAAAAACAAAAACAGCAAAUCACAAAUUUAUAAUAUUUAACUAGAUCAAAAAGUCAGAAUUUUUUGUAAGAUUAGUUAGCAUUCUAUUCCUGCGAUUUGUGUUUGCUAUCCCCUUAGAACCAUGCUGCUUACCUGCAUCUUCAUAUGCCUCUAACAUGUAAGUAAUGAUCACAGUCAAAGUGAAGUUAUUACUGUAUAUGUCAAUAGUGCUGAAAAUUUGGCUUUGGAUGUAGAUUGUGAUCCCAUCAGAUUGAGUUCUAUAUACCAGACAAAGUAUAGAUAAUUUGCACAGUGAAAUGUAGUGCAAUAAUAACUUUACCAUCUGAUGAAAUAGGGAGAUGCUAAUGUUCUUCAUACUUCAUAGCAAUGGAGCUGAAUUAAUUAGUUGAUAUUUGUUAAUGACAAAUAUGAACUCAAGUACAUAUAACUCUUUUUGUAAAGAAUUGUAGCCAAGUAUUUUCUUCCAUGAGGGCUGACUGACAUUCUAUGAGGUGGUUGUUUUUAAACUAUGUCUUCCAGGGAACAUUUACGUUGAUGCGUAAUAUUUAGUGUGUUCUAGCCUAUCAUCCAUUUGCUAUCUGUUCUUUAUUACUAACUUGUUUGGAUUCAUAAUGCGAUGAAUGAGCUUUGUUGAUCUGUUGUUGCAGGAUGGGAAGCCGCUGGACAAAAACUGUGAGAUGAAGAUAGUUGGUUUAUUACCAUAUUGGUUCAACAUGGCAGAAGGAGGCGCUGUGCAUAAUACUGUUGAUAUGCAAUCAUUGUUUCUAUUGACA